UAUGAUAAAGCAAACGAAAGAUGGUGAACCAAUUUUUAUUCCUCCUGCUAAAAUUUUGCAAGAAUUAAAAUAUUUGCACAAAGAAUUACCAGCAUUUUGUUACUCUUGGGCCUGGGAGGCUAGAUGUGUAUGUGCUUUUGAAAAAGCAGAAUUUAUAGAAGCCAUAAAAGAAUUGAAAGUAGAUUUUGUAAUAUAAUAAAAAGUAAAUUGGUUGCUAAAAAAGAUGUGAAGUAUAUGCAAAAAAACCUUUUCUUAUUGGGAAAAGACUUUUUAAUGUAAGAUUAAUUUCUUAUGGGGCAUCAUCACCAAAAAAAAUGUUCUUUGGACCAAAUCAUUUAGCUCAUGCAUUUGAUAAAUUGAUGUUUGAUUAUGUUUACAUAUUUUUGGAAACACCUUAAAAAACAGCAAAAAAAUUGUAAUUACUAAUAUAAAAGGCAGAAAGCACAAAUAAUAAUAGGUAUUUUAUAUUAUAAUUUUAAGAUAAAUUGCUAGUUUUAAGGAAAGUUACAAAAUACUACUUGGAAAGGAAUAUGAAGAAUAAAAUAUAGAAGGAGAAUAGAAUGAAGAACAAGAUUGA